UCCCCAAGUAGAAAGUAAUCAAUUUGCCUGUCUACUGCAGUGGCAGAAGUUUCUCUCUCACACUACACCCUCCUGAACACUUGGACAACUAUAGAAGAACUAGAAGCAGAAGGAAUGAAGAAAAUCCUUAAUGGAAAAGUCACUCAGGACAUGUUACUUUGGGAAAUAUUCAGAAAAAUGUUUCUCAGAUUGUACUGAAGCAGGAGUUCUGCUGGAAAGGAUAAAAAAGAAAGCCAUCAGCAUCGGAUUCAGAGUGAAACAAAACCAACAAAAAAAGAUAUUGGAUUAACUUCCUGUGUUGCAAGAGGGGGGAAAAAAAGCCCAGGGAAAAAAAACCCUGAACACAAAAGCCAUGAGAGACCGACUGCAAGAGUUUAAACUGAGGGCUAAGGAACUACAGAGAGCUGGAGAAAACAACAGUGCAGCUGUCCAAGAAGAGGAGCAGGACUUUGAACAGCAGGCCAUUAUUUAUGAAAAAGAACCCAUAACUGAAAGGCACUUGCAUGAAAUCCAGAAGCUUCAGAAUGAAAUUAAUAACUUGGUGGAAGAAGUUAAUAAAUUCAGCCAACAACAAAAAAGCCUGGUGUCUUCAAUGAGGCGAUUCAGUGUUCUGAAAAAGGAAUCUAACAUAGCAAGGGAAAUCAAAAUUCAAGCAGAGCACAUAAGAAAAUGUUUGGAGGAACUGUCGAAGACAGUGAAAAAAGCUGAAAAUGAGCAUGGGCCAUCACGUGCCACAGUGAGAAUCCUGACUUUUCAACAUGCCUUCUUAUCCCACCGUUACCUCAAUGCCAUGCUCUCCUACAACGAAGCCAUAACUGCCAAGCAGGAGAAAUGCAGGAGGUUUAUUGUCCGUCAGCUCGAAGUAGCUGGUAAGGAGGUGUCUGAAGAAGAAGUCAAUGACAUGCUCCAACAAGGAAAAUGGGAGAUUUUCAAUGAAAAUCUCCUCACUGAAGCCAAAAUAACUAAAGCUCAGCUUUCGGAGAUCGAGCAGAGACACAAAGAACUCGUCAGUCUAGAGAACCAGAUCAAAGACAUAAAGGAACUUUUUAUCCAGAUAUCAGUGCUGGUGGAGGAGCAGGGGGAGAUGAUCAACAACAUAGAGAUCAGUAUGAACAACACUCAAGAAUAUACUCAAGUAUCUAAAGAAAAAUUUGGGCUUGCAGUCAGGUAUAGAAAAAGAAACCCCUGCAGAGCAAUAUGCUGCUGGUGUUGUCCAUGCUGCAAAUGAUAAAAGAAAUGAACUCCUGGAAAUACCAAUGGUUCCUACACAGCAAACUGAUCUUGAAAAGCAGUCUUAGGAUCUCAUUUUCCCUUCAACAGCGCUCUCAGGAAAAACUCUGUCUAUUUAUC